CCCGCUUUGGGUCACGCGAGGCGAACUUUCGCGCGGAGAUUCGGAAGGCCGUUGGUCGAGGAACCCUCUCGCAUUCCAGCUGCCAGAAGAAGGCAGAACUGGGGAAAGGACUCCCGCUUCUUCCCUUUGGGCUGCGCGGCCUGCCCGGAAACAUGCCUCCUCGCGCGCUGCAUGCUGGGGGUUGUAGUUUGGGCGCCUCACCUCCCCGGUGCUGAAGAUGUGGGCAAGCUGGAAGGGCUCCUUCGCGAAAGCUGUUGGCCGAGGGGGGAGGAGGGGGCGCGCGGGUGGCGCAACAGCCGCUCCUCAGGGAAGGUCACUUUCGCGCGUCCCCCGCGGCCCGUAGGGGCGGGCAGCGGCGGCGGGAGCAGCCCGGAGACAAACAAGAGAGGCGGAGCUGUUCUGAGCCCCACCCGGGUGCCGGUGGCGGCUUUCAGCUCGCGUCUGCCGGGGCGAGGAGACUUCGUGGGGACGCGGCCCCGGCUCCCCUCUUCCCCGCAGCGGAGGCGGCUCCAUGCUACCGGCGGCUCCGUCGCGCCCCUCAGCCAGAGGCCGGACGAGGAGGCGGCGGCCGCCCGGGGGGCCUCCCGAGAGCGCCCUGAGGCCGCCGCCCGAGGCCUGAGAGGGACCCCUGCCUGGAGUCGCGCGAGGGGAGAAUGGCGAACCAGCUGGUGAUCCUCAACGUCUACGACAUGUACUGGAUGAAUGAAUACACUUCCUCUCUUGGAAUUGGAGUAUUCCAUUCAGGAAUAGAGAUAUAUGGCAGAGAAUUUGCUUAUGGUGGCCAUCCAUACCCUUUUUCUGGGAUAUUUGAAAUUUCUCCAGGAAAUGCAUCUGACUUGGGAGAAACAUUUAAAUUCAAAGAAGCUGUUGUUCUUGGAAGUACUGACUUCAUGGAAGAGGAUAUAGAAAAAAUUAUAGAAGAACUUGGAAAAGACUUUAAAGGAAAUGCCUAUCACUUAAUGCACAAAAACUGCAAUCACUUUUCUUCAGCUUUUUCAGAGAUUCUCUGUGGAAAAGAAAUUCCUCGUUGGGUGAAUCGCCUUGCCUAUUUCAGUUCCUGUAUCCCCUUUCUCCAAAGUUGCCUACCAAAAGAAUGGCUUACACCUGCAGCUCUUCAGUCAAGUGUAAGCCAAGAGCUUCAGGAAGAACUGGAAGAAGCAGAAGAUGCAGCAGCAUCAGCUUCCUUGCCAAAGUCAGCGUCAGGGGCAAGAACUGGACAUCAUGCUAAAAUAUAGGUUUAGUCCAAGGUUUCAUUACACUGAAGCCUUUGGAAGCCUUGUCAGUAACUGACUUCAUUACAGAACCUCAGAGAGUGGCCAUUUUAAUGUCUUUGGUAUGCAAUUGAUUCUCCAGCUCAAGAUGAUGGUGUUCCACUCAGGAUUUUAUACGUAGUGGGUAAAAUGUUUAUGGGGGAAAUGGGAAGAACUUAAGGUGGAGCUGCUGUCUUGAUUUUCAUCUAAUCAGCAAGCCUGGACUAACUGAGCAGAAAUUAACUGUUUACAGUAUUGUGUGCUGCUGUUUACAAGUCCCAAAGGGACACCUGCCAUUGAAAGAUACAUUUUAAUCAGCUCAAUUAGGCCUACAUGACUUCAUCAGCCUUAGUGGAUGAAUGACCAGCUUUGUUUGUUGCUACCUUGGAAUUGGGCAGGACAAAAUAUUUCACUUCCAACUGUUGCUGAUAAUGAAGCAGGGGAAGAUGAAUACUAUGUGUAAACAGGGUACAUAAUUGUCAAUACAAAGAAAUCUGUCCUAGUAACCAAGGAGGUUACCUUAGUAUGUAUCUGAGAAUAUCUGUUCCUAAAACUGACUUCUCUGUCAGUUUUUAUCCACUCAUGCUGAGUGAAUUAAUAUUUUACUACAAAGCUGAGUGUGUUCUCUCUGGUGUCAGAUUUCAGCCUCCUUUUUGCCUCAUGUUUUUGUCUGACUUAGAGAUGCAAAACGUCAUACUGAACAUCAACAGCCCCCCCCCAAAUUAAGAUCAAAUAACUGCUGUUUCACAUUACCUAGAACUAAGGGGGAAUACAGAUGAAUCAUGCAAUUAGAUAUUAACAUUAGAUAACAUAACAUGGUAACAUUUGGUUCAUGACUGAACUCACUUUAGCAGUGUGAGUUUUGCAGCUAACUUAACCAGAUAUAAGCUGCUGCUUAAGAGAAGAGUCUCUUAAUAGAAACAUGAAGAGAAAUAGAAAGUGCUGUGUUUAGUUUUCCAUCAGCAACAUUCAACAACUACAGGGAAUGCAAAGGUUUUCUCCAACUUCUUUCUCACAACAGAACCAAUGACAGCUAUAGGUGAGUUACCCAGAUGUUUCUUUUAGUGACACAGUUUUCUUAACUAUGUUAAUCUAAUAGCAACUAUCAAAGAUAAAUUGCAUUCAUCAAGGUAACAGAGGAAUUCAUUCUAUUUGGUAUCUUUCCCCAAUGUUAGCAUGUCUUCUUCAGGGAGAAGGAUACAGUAGAAUUAAUAGCAAAUUGGAAUAGGUUUUAGAUUUUUAUUAUACAUGCUGCCUUAAGGAUCUUGCAUUUAACUGGGAAGAGGCCAACUGAAAAUUAUGUACAAACGACGGUCUGGUGAAGAAUAUGUAAAUAACUCUUAUAUGUGGUAUUACAUUGCUGGGUUUGUUGAAUAAACUCUUCAGAGUAGAUGACAGAGUCAGCUAAAUUGGGAGGUAUUUUGUUGCUGCACAUAUUGGACAACCUGAAGAAAAGAGGGCUAGUUAAUUUGUUCAUAAAUUUACAUUAUGUUCUGGCAUAUUAUUUUACAAAUACAAUCCCACUGAAGGUAUAAAAAUGCUAUUGUUUCCAAUUAAAAGGGCAUUAGAUAUUUUUACAUACACUCAUUUGAGGGAGACUUUGUUGUAAACAAAACUCAGGUAUGCAACAUUAUCCUGUUAAAAGUCAAACAAUAAUAAUUCUCAAAAAUGUGAAAUAAUGAGCAUGUUCCAUAUUUUAACCAGCCUUUUUAGUAAGAAACUAAAUUAUCUUUAACAGUGCCAUUAUGAUUGCAUUUUAACCAUUUUUGUUUUGUCAGUAGCCAGCACAUUCUGCUAGGUUUUUUUUUACGCCACGUUUAACCCUACCCUUUCUUCUUUAAUUUAUACUUUUUGAUUGAGAUUCUGAGAAUUGUACCCUUAUGAUUGACAAUCUACUCACGAUUGCCAAAUUAUAUAAAGCAUUUCUUAGUAGAAUGACAAUGGGAUAGACGAGAGGAUUUCUUUGAACUACAGGUGAAGUGGAAAUGGAAUUUUCCAUCUUGGAUCUGAAGCUUUUAAUGAAGCUCAAAUGUUAACAAGAUGAGCUCUGAUCCAGAGCUGCCUAUGUGCUGAAAUGCACACAGCAUUCCUCCAUUUGAAAACCUCCCAACUUAUUUCAGUGGAAAGGGCAACUUGGUAAACAUAUUUAUUGACACUUAAGGAAUUAUCACCUAUGUUGAGGCCCUUGUGAGGACUUAAUGAAGCAGUUGUGCCUACAUCUGAUUGCUGGAUUUUGGUAAUUCUGUAGCUUGUCAUAGUUGUUUGGACAAACAUUAGGAACUAGAUUAAUCUCAGUCAAAUUUUUAUCAAAAAAAGGCCUUUGUUCUGCUCAUAUUCACAGCACUGUAUAUGAUACACACAUACUUCCAUACACAUCGGUAGCAUGCAAGCAAUGCAAAGACAUACACUACACAGUAAGUACAGUCAUUUUUUAAUAAAUAACUUGGUGGUUCAUUUUGAAUAUGAGUUCCCUGUUAAGCCAUUUAGUAAUGAUCAUAGCGCCAUGAACAAACUUACCAUUUGAACCUUGAAUUUGGUACAUCUUAUGAAGUGGUGGUAGUCUUAUAUCUUACCACAUGUGCUAUGCUCGGUCUCCACUUGAUUCUUUAAAACAAAUAACCCUGCCAAAGGCUGUUCUCAAAGCAAUAGUUCAAGUUACCUUUCACCAGCAUUACUACUCAGCAGGGAGUACACUGUCUGCCAGUGGCCAAAGUGUGCAUUUAAAAACUAUAACACUAUUCUCAGCUAAGAGAAUACUGGAUAUCUGUGGGGGUUUUCCAACAAAAACAAACGGGUAGAAUAAAUACAUUCAGGGUUCUCUGAUCUGUCAAAUUCCUAAUACUUGAUUAUUUUUCUUUAAAAUAGAUUACUGUUGUUUGGUGUUCUGUCUUACUAAAGCCAUUUUUAUUAAAAUGUCACUCUUUAUUCAGGAAGCCAAAAAUAAAAUGCUACAUUUUGUCAGUUUGCAUCAGUAAGCUGUAUAAUGGUUUGAUUAUAACAAUGCAGUGGGUUUCCUUUUGAAAACAUGCAAUAGAAUUGUAAUCACAAUUGAUAAGAGAAAUUUCACUUUUAGACAGUUAGAUACUGAAUUUUCACUGACACACUUUUUGUAACUUAAGAUAAGUUUACUGUAAUGCAUAGUAUUUGUAUGAAAGUCAGAGAAUUUGACUUUUGUUACUUUGACAUGUCAAACUAUUAUAAACUUGAAUCCAUCCAUUUAUUAAAGAGAAGUUUUUUAUAGAACAAA